AUGACCAACUUUGUGACAGCUAUAGACUUCGUCUAUAAACCUUAUCAUAACAUCUUUAAGCAAUGUCUAUUGUUGUUUUUUUUUCUGGCUCAGAAAGCAAACCAAGGGCAGAGCAGAAUUGUGUAUGCUAAUCCAAAAUAUGUCCGAAACGUUCACAUACUGACCGCUAGAGCGUCUAAAGGGAAACCUUAUACUACUAACUUUACUAUGGAAGCUUUGACUCAAAUAGAAGAUAACAUCACGAUGAUUGCAACUUACAACUUCAAAGGAAUGAAGGUACAGUGGAAAGAGACAUUUUGUAAAAUUAUCAGGUUCAAAUGGGUUAAGGAUUUUGUAAAUGAAUUCUUUCAGCCAGCUAUCACGAGGUGUCCUUGGCCCGUCGGUAAUUAUUCGAUAAUUGAUAUGGAACUACCACCGAAGAACCUGCAUCUACCGUUAUCUCAAGGUAAAUUGGAUCCGUCCGUGGACUUCCUGAUAACCGGAACCAAUACAUAUGUACUUCGGAUUACGAUGUUAUUGGUUUUGACCUAA